AAGAUUAAGUUCAUUUUUCGUUACUUGCCGUGCUGUUUUGUCGUCUAGAGAUUGUAAAAUGAGCUAGAAAUUUUGUUUGAAUUUAUUUACAACAUUUUCUAUUGCCUUCAAACAACUAAUUCUAAAAUGAAAAUGUUUAAGAAAACGUUUGUUGAGAAUCAUUCUUCCACCGAUGACUCCUCAACGACGAUGAAGAUACCUACCGGUGGCGGCCAUGCAACUCAGAUAUCUUUCUCGUCCAUGACGGAUUCGCCAUCAGUUUUGUCGGACGCUUUAGAUACCCCACCGAUGAAUAAAAGUUUCAGCCAAGCCAGUGAGUACUAUGUUGCCAAAAAAUACGAGAACAGGCCAAUGAAUGACAGUUGUAAAGAGGAGGUCAACUGUGUGUAUGUUCACGAAAUGAAAUUGACCUAUGAUCAGAUUACCAAUUACGAUUUCGAUGCUGCCAAAAAUGACAAACUUGUUGCCUUAAUGUGUUCAUCAAACACUAACAAGCAAAAGUUUGGCAUAUUGUCUUCUGUCUCAUUCAAGAAAUUUCUGAGGUCCAUAUCACCCAGUGGUAUGAGGAAGUCAGAUUUUAAUAAAAAUUUUCAACAAUGUGCUUCUGAUAAAAAUGAUCAUGUCUUCUUGGACACUGACAGUGAUGAUCAAAAUAAGCCCAAAAAUAAAAAAGUAGUUAACUUAAAAAAAGAAUUUUCGUUAAGGUCUUUUACUAGAAAAGAUAAAACUUAGAUUUUUAUGUCAAAUGUUUUCAAUGAAUGAAACAUUUUUCAGUUGUGCUUAUUUAAAUAAUAUUCAACGUUUAUCAUUCAUAUUUUCUGUAUUUCAUUAAUGUAUAUAUAACUUCGGUCCAAUUUCUUUUUUUUCAAAAUAUCCUAUUAAUAUUAAUGUAUUUUUUAUUUACAAACAGUAUACCAUUCCUGUCAUUUUUCAUAUCAGGUUCUCAAUUAUAUAUUUAUGUUUCAAAGUGAUUGUAUGUCAAAAAAUUUUAUUGAAUUAUUUUUAUUCCUAAUUGUCAUAUAUAUCUUAAAGUUGGUUUCAAAUUUUGCAUACGUUCAUAUUGUGCCUUGCUUAGGAUUUCAAUAUUUUUUAUAAAACCUUUUGAUAAUAAAAUCCUUCUAUUAUAUA